GCUCUGAUUACCUUUCUCCUCUUACAUCUCAUAACCGCCAUUAUUUCUGUCAAUCAUAUCCACAGCAGCCACAUCCUCUCUGAACAAGGCUCUGAGUCACUAUACAACCCCUUAUAUGAGUGCCCAAACCUGGCAUUCUCACUGGAUGGCCAUGGACUUGGCUUCGAAACUUCUAGGUGCUCUUUCCCUAACUUUGUAAUGCUAGGUAUAUUAAAUCUGCAAAAAAUCAAUCAAAUUUCAGUUAUAACUUUACAAAAGAUGCGCCUUUUAAAAUUCUCUAAAAACCUUUCACACCGAAAUCUUCACCCUUCAAUAAUAAACACUCAACAAUCAACAGAGAAGAUUCAAACUCAACAUCAAACUUAUAUCCAUCUUCUUCUCCACGUCAUUCUUCCGAUUCUAACACCACCGAUUCUCAUUAAAACCCCAAAACGGAGUUUAGUUAAUGGAGUUCAGUGGAGGUUUCUGGUUUGGGGCCCAAAUUUUCCAGUCAGUUUUCAAGGUUUCUGUCGAUUUGAGGUCUCCGAUCGUGCAUCCUUCAUUCCUAUCGAAACUAGCAGAUUCAAGAGAUUCACUUGAGUCACCGGAGCGACAAGUGGGAGGCAAAUUUUCCAGAGCAAGGAAUGACGUACGAGUCAAAUCGGAGAUCCUGGUAAUGCUUCUACAUGAGGCGGUACCCCCUUUUCAUGCUAUGGCAUAUAGAGCGAGAAUGAGACUACGAUUGCCACAUAUUACAGUACGUUUGUUCACGGCAUUGCAGCCUGGAAUAAAACAACUACUGCCCUCUUAAGGCAACAAAAUAAAUCAUUGGUCCUGCAAUCAUGGAUGCUGCCUUCUAUUGACGUCAAGGUGAUUAUUUGUAUAUAUUGCAAUAGUUCAGGUAAAGAAUCCAAUAUAUUCUUCUUUCUCUACUUGGAAAAAUAGAGAAGUUUAAAAGCUACAUUAGUACAACUAAAAUAAAGCAAUGUAAACUUAUUUUCUAUAAUUUACAAGCGGUUCUACCUUACAGAAUCGUCCUUUGUCUUUUCAAAGAAAUAUAGCGUCCAUAAUGCUUCGUUGAGCAGGCAAAUGGAAAGCAACCCAUCACGUACCAUCCAAAUCUAUUUGUUAUUUCCAGCUUAGCUUUAGUUUUGUUAAAUUUGUAGAUGAAAGUAUGAAUAAAGUAAGUUGCUUUUUGUCCAAUAUUACUCAAGUUUUCUCAUAGUUGUGAUGGACAAUCUUAUACUUUUGAGAAGUGAUAAUUCCAGGAGAUAAAACAAAUCAACAAAAGAUUACGAUUUGAGAGAAUCAAAGAAAAGAUUCCUUGAAAACGUCCUAAAUAAAAUAUCUUAUUAUUUGUUACGGAUUCUUAGUUUAUCAAGAGACGACUGAUACUAUUAGGCUAAGUUGGUUUGAUGUUUCAUUCUAUUUGUGCUACUCAUAUGGAGAUGCCUUGCCGGAUUCCUUAAUUGAUUAAUAUGGCUUAGAACUGCCAUAAAGACUAGCAGACAAGGUCUUAAA